AUGGAAGGGGCGCCAGACCCAGCGGCCGAUCACAAUCCCGGCGCGGUGGGGCUUCCACUGAACGACCCGGUCGACACUCAGGCAGAAGCUGCGGAGGCGCUCGCGCCGGGCAGCGUACUGGAGAGCCCGACGGAGAGCAACAUCAAGUGGUCCUAUCCAGAGGGAGGCUUUGCCCCUCCCCAGGGGCUCGAGCGGAUCCUUUCCAAGGUGGGGAAACAGUUCAAGGGAGUCAUAUACGGCUUCAACCAAGUCAUCAAAGCUAUACGCAUAUAUCAAUCCGAUCGACUUCACCACCUCGAAAGCCCCCUUCUGCGCCCCUCACAUGAGGCCAUAACUUAUGGCGAAGCGGUGCCUGUCAUAGUCUCUAGCGCUCCGGGUCAUAUGCUUCCUAAGCUGCGGUGUCGAAACAGCUUCGAGCAGCAUCUGGAGUACUUUGCGCGGCGAAGCGAGGCCAUGCGCGACUACGAAGAAUGGCUCGAGGGUGCGAUCCGACAAGCACAGCCUUUAUUUGAAAAGCACAGUGCGUUCCUCAAGCGAGAAGCGGAACGGAGUCGACAGGUAUGGACGCAUAUGGCUGUUCGUGCUGCGGCCAUUGCGACGUUACCAUUCGCCCCCGUCCUUUCCGCAGUGCUCACCGCCGUCGACGCCCUCGGCAUCGCUGUUUACAACGGCGUAGAGGAAGUGUUGUCAGGCUCUGCCGAUUAUAUUCAGCCCUUGUCUGCGGACAUCGACGACCUCCAGAAGUCGCUACGACAGAGCGUUUCCCAGGCGCGGGAGACUCGCCGCAAGCUCAUGGAAACAUGUAAGAAGGCCGAGUGGCAGCGGGACGAUCCCUGCGCAUCUCGUCUCAUCACAUUCCAGCGCAAGCUUCGGGUGGUUGUCGACGUAGCUAACGAGGUGCUCGUGGGCGAGAAGAGCUCUGCUGUGGUGGUGCAGACAAGGUCACUCAGGGAGGUGACCAAUGCGAUUCGCGAGGUCAUGAACGUGAUUGGAGACCGGCCCGAAGGGGAGUUUUCGCUCAUUGACUUGGAAGACUUUGAAUGGCCUGAAGUGGACAAGGCUAUGGCGGAAAUCAGGGCGCUGUUACUAGUACAGACAUCCUAG